GAAAUGCUUCCACAUGAACUCACCUCCAUCGACCAACCCGAGGAACGAACCACAGAAUACCUUCACUACAGACAGUUCUUCACGAUCCGGGACAGUCUUGACCGGGUCGUUGCGUUCUGGGCUUGCUUAGCAGAACAGACGAAAUAAUACAGUGUACAGUAAGACACACAGCCGAUCUUUUAUGCGAGCUCGUCGCGAUAUCCAUCCAACGCUCCGAAUUCGACACCGCAGAAUCACACUACUCACCCUAACCCACACUCACGCCGCACACCUCGCGCAUGCACUCGGAGAUACCGAACGUGCAGACCUAUGCUAUCGCUUCGCUAAAUCCAUAGAUGACGAACGCAAUGCGAGGGCUGGGCAUGUAGGCGCUGCUGCAUGCGCUGGGGAAGCAAUGUUGCGCAUAGGACUACGGGCCCAGGCUCAGGGUGAUGGCGAGCACUCAAACACUACUGUGAAUGAAGACGCUAGCAGUGCCAAAAGCGACUGGUUGGACGCUGAGACACAUGGGCUGGCCGCGUCUGCGAUCCAGCGGUGUCACGGGAUGGGAGGGACGCUUGAAGUGGUUGGGAAGGUAGUGCAGGCAGCUGUGGCGGAUGCGAGGGGGGAGAUUGUUGGUGCCAAAUCUCACCCAAAAACUGCGCUGUCUUUAUCGACGUUAGCAGGCGAGAACCAUCUCCGUGCGUUGCUCCUCGCGCAAGUGGGUGCACAGUAUUUGCAUACGAGCACCUGCGCAUACUAUGGAGACGUUGGCCGUGUGCGAGACGCUUGGCGCUGAGAUGGGCGUGAAGCAGAAGGACGUGAAUGGUAGAAAAGGUAAAGAAAAAGAGAAUGAGAAUGAUGCGGACGGUGGUAUUUAAGCGCGCGAAUAAGCCGCACCGAGUGGCAAAGCAAUAGGUGUAUAAUGUUAU